AUGAUGUUUGGUGAUGCUCCUAUUUUACCUACAUCUACAGAGUCUUAUGCGUUCCAGGUGGCUGGUCAUUCUCGUGAGAAUGCUAGUAGUUUUGAAAUACUUCGUGAUAAAUCUAAACCAAUUAUCUACAAGUCAUUACAAGAUCGUGAAAGAGGUAUGCGUGAAGUGAUGUUUUAUCAGCGUGUAUUUUCACCGGAUGCUUCGGAAGCAUUGAAACGUGUUCGUCAAUUUAUUCCAACUUAUUAUGGAGUUUAUCAAUGUCCAGGAACGAAAGCUUAUUACAUGGCUUUAUCUGAUCUGGUAGCCGAAUUCAAACAUCCAAACAUAUGUGAUUUCAAAAUGGGUACAGUCAUUAAUUAUCCAGAUGAAGUAAUCCCACCUGAUCAAUUUCAAUAUAUCUGGCGUCGUGAACUAGGCAUUAUGUUAGCUGGCAUUCAGGUUUCAACUCCAAUUCUUAAACGUGAAUCAUCUACUUUACCAGAUAUCAGUAGUAUAUCACCUAAAAGAGCUCAUUUUUCCUAUGAUGAACAAUUAUCAUUACCAUUUGAAAUAAUCAAUCUUACCACACCAGAACUUUCAAUACAUCAAUCUAAUAAUAAUUUGCAAGAAACCACCUAUGAACAUUCUCAAUCAACCUGUACGAAAGAAGAUGAAUUAGAACAAAUUUUUACUGAUUACGAAAGUGUGGAAGAUCAAUUAUUGUUUAGUGAUAUUCACCUAGAAUCGAUCAAAGUGGAUUUUUCCAUGGACAACUUACGUAAUCAAUGGAAACAAGUUUUACUCAGAAUACCAUCAUCCAAUCAUGAUGAUGAUGAUAGCGUUGACAAUCAUCCUACUGGCGAGAAAUUCACGCUUGGUAAAUUCAAAGCAAUUGAAAAUCAAGAAAUUGAGCAUGAAUUAACUACUUAUUUCAAGAAAGAAACGUUCAAUAAUUUAAAAGUAAUUGGACAAUUUAAUAUGGGUUUUAUAAUUGCUCAACAUAAUCAAGAUUUAUUUAUCAUUGAUCAACAUGCUAGUGAUGAGAAAUAUCGUUUUGAACAAUUAUUAGAAAAUUAUCGAUUCAAAAGUCAACCAUUAGUUGUACCUCAAAAAUUGAAUUUAACCAUAGCAAAUGAACAAGUGUUAAUCAGUAAUUUGGAUGUAUUCGCCAAGAACGGAUUCGCUUUUCGUAUUCACAAUGAUGAACCUGCUGGUCAACAAGUAUUUCUUGUGGCUGCACCAAUGUUAGAGAAUAAAUUAUUCAGUUAUAGAGAUAUUGAAGAAAUGUUGUUUGUAUUAUCGGAAACAUCUAAUAAGAAAUGUCGACCAUCACGUCUGAGAGAUAUACUUGCUUCACGAUCAUGUCGUAGUGCUGUUAUGAUUGGCACAGCAUUAGAUCAUAAAAAAAUGAAACGAAUAUUAACAAAUAUGGGUUCCAUGGAUCAUCCAUGGAAUUGCCCACAUGGACGUCCAACUAUGCGACAUUUAUUUCAUUUGGGUCUUUUAAACGAUUAAUUCAAUAAAAUAGGUUCAUUUUCUAUCCAGAUGUAUGCAUUUUUAUUUCAAGAGAUUCUAUUGUUCUAUUUUUAUCUUCUAAUCAGAAUUUUUAAAAAAAACUUCAUUUUUAUAUAUCAAUUUUGUUUUUUUACACUUUACACUGAUAGAGGUUUUAAACAUUUUAUGAUUUGUAAAAUAAUUUAUUUAAACGAC